CUUAAAUGUGAGUUGUAUUUUUCAUUGAUUGCAUAUAAGACAUGCUUUAUUGACUUGUUCGCGAAGGAUCUGACCUAAUCGAAGUCAGGAAAUUACUUGGAGAGCACUCAAAGAACAGGAUGCUUAUGUCAAAGGUGGAGAAUCAAGAGUGAUGAAUUUUGAUUAGAUUCUGAUGCAUUCAUGGUAGCUCGGAUACUCUCAUACCUUAAACUUCCGACAGGCGAUUCCGUUAAGACGAGCGUUUUGUCGAAGAGAUGGGAAUUUCUCUGGCUAAUGGUUUCAAGUUUGGACUUAGACGUCAUCAACUUGUCUCGUGACGGCGGAGAAGCCUUGGCGAGGUUCAUGCACAUGUUUCUAGAGUUGAACCGUGGAUCAUCAUCAUGCCUAAAGCAUGACGACUCCAUGGACGACUGUAACAAAAGAGUCAUGGAGUGGAUAGCCGAAGUAGUCCACGGCGGAGUUCAACAUCUAGAUGUUGAUGCCAAAACGUGCGGGAUAAUUCAAUCUCAUCCAGAUAUAUAUAAGAGCACAAUGUGUUCACCUUCUGUAGAUUCCAUGCCUAAGUAUGUUUAUGUGAGCAAGACAGUGGUGUCUUUAAAGCUCGUAAAGGUAGGGCAUGAGGAUCCCAAGUUUGUUGUUUCUCUACCUAGUCUCAAGAUGAUGCAUCUAGAAAACAUUCUUUACAAGAAUCAUGGUGUUCUUUUGAUUAUAAAGAUGCUCCUCUCAGGCUCUCCUGUUCUUGAAGUUCUUACCUUGGAGUUUUCUGUUCCAGUUCUAACAAUGCCAAGGAGUAAUUUGGAUUUAGUGCAAGACUAUUUUUAUUCAUGUAAGCCAGGGGAAAUAGACCUUACUAAUGUGCCUCUGUGUAUGCAAUCGACGCUGAAGUAUGUUAAGAUCAACAAACUGAUAACGAAGGAGGAAAGUGGGAUUAAAGUAGUGAAUUACUUUCUUGAUAAUUCAGCAGUCCUCAAGAAACUGACACAUUCUUCUAUGGAGGAGAUUCAAGAGCCAGAGAGCUUCAUGAAGCUUCUUACAUCCACCAAGCUUUCUCGCAACUGCCAAGUUUUCAUUCAUUGACAUGCAAAUGAUGAUGCUGGUGAACACGUAAAGCUUUUUUCAUUGAACAAUAACAAUAGUGUAUUCUUG